CAUAUCAAUCUCAUAUCUGUCGAGGGGAGAAGUUUACAAUAUUGUGCUGACGAAGUAGUUUGCAUGGGACAUCAGUGGAGAAAAUAAUAGAGAAAAUUACUCCCCACGAGCCGCAUUCGCUAGUCACUGUUGCGUGAUUUCUUAAUGGCUUUUACAGCAGCGUGAAAAUAUAUUAGUCCUUCCUUUCAGUUGUGUGGCUUUGUUGCGACCAAACGUAUAGCCCGGCCGUUCGUGUACUGAUUCAUCGAAUUAGUUGCGUUAAAAGAUUUGACCCAAGUCGGUAUUGGCCGUGGUUUGAUCUGCCUAGCCAGAUAGUUCGCAUUCCUAACGCAUUAGGAAAGUAGAUACGGAUCGUAGUGUUGCCGGAAGUAGCGAAUCAUUCAAAAUCAAGCCAAGAUGAUGGAUGGAAUCGAAGAAAACGGAUCACCGCAGCAAGCGACGAGCCCGAUUGUCACCGUCCCGGAGACGAUAGGUUCGCGCCAGGGAUCCGUUGAGGGCGGAUCAACUACUGGUACCACCGCAGCGCUGCCGGAAAAUUCCCUACUGGUCGACAUUUCCGACGCAUUGAGUGAGAAGGAGCGGGUAAAAUUUACCGUCCACACGCGCACGAACUUACCCGGCUUUGACAAGUCCGACUUUCUGGUGGUCCGACAGCACGAGGAAUUCGUCUGGCUGCACGAUCGCUUCGAAGAGAACGAAGAGUAUGCCGGUUACAUUAUCCCACCGUGUCCGCCCCGGCCUGACUUCGAUGCAUCGCGCGAGAAGCUGCAACGGCUGGGCGAAGGCGAAGGCAAUAUGACCAAGGAGGAGUUUAAGAAGAUGAAGCUGGAGCUGGAAGCCGAAUAUUUGGCCACCUUCAAAAAGACUGUCGCCAUGCACGAAGUCUUCCUGACGCGUCUCGCCUCGCAUCCCGUGUUCCGAGAGGAUUCGCACCUGAAGGUGUUCCUCGUGUACGACCAGGAUUUGUGUGCAAAAAUGAAGAAAAAGAUCGACAUCUUUGGUGGACUGGUGAAAAGCAUCGGCAAAACGACGGAUGAAAUCUACCUCGGUGCCACGGUGAAGGAUGUGAACGAUUUCUUCGAGCACGAGCUGCAGUUCUUGGGCGAGUACCAUUCCCACUUGAAAGAGGCCGCGAUACGAACGGAGAAAAUGACCAACAAACACAAGGACGUGGCCGAUUCGCAUGUGCGCAUUUCAUCUCAAUUGCUGGCGCUAUCCACCGCGGAACACGGCUCAAUGGAGAAGUUUUUGGCAAAGACGUCCGAUAUUUUCGAAAAAAUAAGGAACAUGGAAGGACGUGUGGCAAGCGAUCAGGACCUGAAGCUGGGAGAUACGCUGCGAUACUAUCAACGGGAUAGUAAUGCAGCCAAAGCGUUGUUAAUUCGUCGUUUGCGCUGCUUGGCUGCGUACGAAGCCGCCAACCGCAACCUAGAAAAGGCAAGGGCGAAAAAUAAGGAUGUUCACGCGCCGCUGGAAGUACAGGAGGCGGAAAGUGCACAGACACAGGCAUGCGAAAAGUUCGAAUCGAUGUCAGCACGCGGCAAGGAAGAAUUGGUCAGCUUUAGAUUGCGCCGUGUGGCUGCCUUCAAGAAAAGCUUGACUGAUCUUGCAGAGUUGGAAAUAAAGCACGCUAAAGGACAGUACGAAUUUCUACGCCAGUCUUUACUCGCCUUACAAGAGCUGGUUUAGUAAACGGGCUGAAACAAAACACAAACACUCACUUUCUUACAUUUGCGGCAAAGAAAUGCGAUACAAAACGUAACCGUCUAAGUGGAACAAUAUUUCUCCUAUCUGUGAAGUAUCAAUGGACACAUCCGUCGGCGAUGUCGGAACGUGAUUGCCAGCGAAACGCAUUUGUAACCGACUGGAAUCGGGGGAGAUAAGGAGGGGAGGGGGGGGGAGGGUUUAACUCACCAAUUUGGAGAAAACAAAGAUCCGUUCUGUUGAUCUACCAUAGAAUAGCAGAGAGCAAAUGUGUCUUCAUGAUAAUGCAAAUAAUACGAAAAUUAUUAGAAGAAUGAAUUCAUCGAACCAUGAAACAAAACACCGUUAGGGGGCUUUUUUUCUUUUCCUCACCUUUAUGUAGUGUAAUAAUAUAUUAUUCCCUUUAUCACGCAAAACGUAUCUAGGAAACAAGUACAAGAAACGCCGUUGAAAUCAUUAUCAUGAUUCACAUUAUUACAUUCUAUUGUUGGCUGUUUAGAUAACGGGGAUGCAUACACCUGUUGAGAUGUAGGGAGUGCUUCGUUAAUUUGUUUGUUUUUUUAUCGGUUCGGUAAUCCAUAAAAUAUUAAAUAUUUGACCUUAUGUAUUAGAGUUUGUUACGAGUUGUCGAAACAUACUGCGCUCGAAUUCAGUGAAAUAAUUGUGAAUUAUAAAUUGCACUUCAUUUUUCUUCCAUCGAAUAUGUAAUGUCAAGGAAUAAUGUAUUUUUAGCGAGAGAUUUGAAGAAGAAGGUUUUAUGCUUUUCUUGUAAACGGAGGGGAAAUGAUAAGAAGAGUGCGUUCCAGGAAAACCAAAUUAGCUGUUGCGUCUAGGACGGACGGGUAGGGCAGUAGGAGAAUCUAUUGGCAUUUUAUUUUUCUACUAUACCCUUUAUACACAAGCGAUUGUUCUUUCUUUUCGUCUCGGUAUAAACUGAUGAUGGAUUCAAAACGGCAUGGACUCGUACUGAAGCCUGCGCGACACACAUAUAUAUAGAAGCGUACAUGUCGGUAAAUAACAGUUUGUAUGAAAUAUUGAUGAAAUAAAUAAAUCUACAAAUAAACAAAA